UUUGACGCUAGUCUACAACACGGGGGGCAGCGCACUUAUCAUGUGAGUGAGGAACAGGUAACUGAAGAGAAUCACAGCGCCGACUUUACGGGUGUGUUAAUCAACCUGUGAGGAUAGUUUGUGACUUCCAUUGUCGUCAUUUUGUGGAUAAAACCCGGAGGACGCCAGCGGGACUGCUGCGUAUUUUUCAUGGACUCUCCGGUCUGCAGUGUUUGAGCUUCUCCCAUGACUGCUCAGCUGAACCCCUCUAAGGGCACUCUCUGUUGCUAUCCUAAUCCGACAUUCAGUGGAGCUGUGCCUGAUCAUUGGCGGUGGUCCUUGCGGUCUGCGAACAGCUAUCGAGCUGGCCCUGUUGGGCUGUAAAGUGGUGGUGAUUGAGAAGAGGGACACCUUCUCCAGGAACAACGUGCUCCACCUCUGGCCUUUCACCAUCCACGACCUCAGGGGCCUCGGAGCCAAGAAGUUCUACGGCAAGUUCUGUGCUGGCUCCAUCGACCACAUCAGUAUCCGCCAGCUACAGCUGAUGCUGAUGAAAGUAAGUCUGAUUCUGGGAGUGGAAAUUCAUGUCAACGUGGAGUUUGUCAAACUUGUGGAGCCACCAGCAGAGCAGACUGACGACAGUCCUGGGUGGCGAGCAGAAGUCCGGCCCUCCAGCCAUCCUGUCUCAAGUUUUGAUUAUGAUGUGGUGAUUGGAGCCGACGGACGAAAAAACACAUUAGACGGUGAGAAAAAAGGAAAACCACAAACAGGAGUGGUACUGUUGGGUAAACUGUAGUGGUUGAUAUGGUUC